GCUACGACGUCGAGAACAACAAACUGGUUUAGAACGGAGUGGUGACUGCAAGAUCUGGCCCGCGAGCUUGCUAGCUACAUUUGUGAAGCAUGUCUGAUAUGGAAGAUGACUUCAUGUGCGACGAUGAGGAAGAUUAUGAUCUGGUAAGCGAAUAUUCGGAGGACAGCAACUCCGAACCCAAUGUUGAUUUGGAGAAUCAAUAUUACAACUCGAAGGCACUGAAAGAAGACGACCCCAAGGCAGCUCUAAGUAGCUUUCAAAAGGUGCUGGAACUUGAAGGUGAAAAAGGAGAAUGGGGUUUCAAGGCCUUGAAACAAAUGAUCAAGAUCAACUUUAAACUGACAAACUUUCCUGAAAUGAUGAAUAGGUACAAACAGCUUUUAACCUACAUUCGGAGUGCAGUUACAAGGAACUACUCAGAAAAGUCCAUUAAUUCGAUCCUUGAUUAUAUCUCAACAUCAAAACAGAUGGACUUGCUGCAGGAGUUUUAUGAAACAACUUUGGAUGCAUUAAAAGAUGCCAAAAAUGACAGGCUUUGGUUUAAGACGAACACUAAGCUUGGGAAGCUGUACCUGGAGAGAGAGGAGUACGGGAAACUGCAGAGGAUUCUCAGGCAGCUGCACCAGUCAUGUCAGACAGAUGACGGGGAGGAUGAUCUUAAGAAAGGAACUCAGCUACUGGAGAUUUAUGCCCUUGAGAUUCAGAUGUAUACGGCACAGAAGAACAACAAGAAGCAGAAGGCCUUGUACGAACAGUCCCUGCACAUCAAGUCUGCUAUCCCACAUCCUCUCAUCAUGGGAGUGAUCAGAGAAUGUGGAGGGAAAAUGCAUCUGAGAGAAGGUGAAUUUGAGAAGGCUCACACAGACUUCUUUGAAGCUUUCAAAAAUUAUGACGAAUCAGGAAGCCCUAGAAGAACAACCUGCCUGAAGUACCUGGUGUUGGCCAAUAUGCUGAUGAAAUCUGGAAUCAACCCCUUUGACUCUCAAGAAGCCAAGCCAUAUAAAAAUGACCCAGACAUUCUUGCCAUGACAAACUUGGUAAGUGCCUACCAAAACAAUGACAUCACAGAGUUUGAGACAAUUCUGAAGACAAAUCACAGCAAUAUAAUGGAUGACCCAUUCAUAAGGGAACACAUAGAAGAGUUGUUACGUAACAUUAGAACACAAGUGCUCAUCAAGGUGAUCAAGCCUUACACUAGAAUACACAUCCCUUUCAUCUCAAAGGAGUUAAACAUCGAUGUGUCAGAUGUUGAGAGCUUGCUGGUACAGUGCAUUCUAGACAGCACAAUCAAUGGCCGAAUUGACCAAGUCAACCAACUGUUAGAGCUGGAUCAUCAGAAGAGAGGAGGGGCACUGUACAUCGGGUUAGAUAAAUGGUCAAAUCAACUGAACACACUUAACCAGGCCAUUGUUAGCAAAUUAGCCUGAAGAUUUUGAUCAAUUCACUGUGUUUGUCAACAUUAAGAUGGAUUAUGUUUAUUUCUGACAUAGUAAUAGACAUAGACACGAUAUAAAAGCCAACUCUGGAAUUUGUGGCAAGUUUUUACUUCCCUGAUUGUCAACACGUAUUGUAUUUAUUUAUUUUACAAUAUGGAUUAUGGAAACUUCAAAUUGCAUUUAUUAUAAUGAACUUUUUGUUGUUGUUUGUUUUGUCAUCAUGUCCACUUUCAUACAAGAUAUGUUAAACAGACUUGAACGCUGUAGAACAGUGGUCUUCAAUCCUGGGCUGAAGGCCACUGCUGUAGAAAAUGCGCUCAACAUUUUACUCGAUUAAAUUACUUAUUUAAUAUUUUUGAGGCAAUGUUCUGCUUUGUUUCUCAAUAUAAAUACACCACUAAAUGCA